GUUUUUUGUAGAGUAGAAGGGAAGGAUUUUAAUUUAGAUUAUAAUAUGCAAGCCGAAUUAAAAUAUGUUUUUUAAAGUUAAAAAUUAAAAUGAUAAAUAUCUUUUUUCUUAUAAUGUGAAGUGUAUACGAGUAAAAAGCCAAAAAUAAUUAGUAAAUACCGAAAAUUUAAAAAUAUCUCACUGAAGAAUAAUAAUGAUAAUAACCAAGUAAAAAAUCCCGGUUAAUUAGGAGAAAUUUUCUUAAAUACUAUUCAAAACAUAUUUCUAGUUUUCUCAAAAAAAAAAAAGAAAAAACAUAUUUCUAGUUGAAGAAGGAUAUAUAGUAAAUAUAUAAAUCGUCUGAGUUGAGAAACUCAUGCAGUUUAGUUUUGGAACUUCUUAAUUUUUCCAAAGCAAAGAAUCGAAUCAUACACCAAAGCCCUCAAAACCCCCAAAGCGAAUCCCAAUUCACUUACAUUCAAACGUUUCAUAUUUUCUUUUUCAAGCAUCACCAAGAAUCUGGUGAAAAAGUUAUGAACUUUAAGCCCCCAUUAUUGAAUUUCACUAUUCCAGAUUAAAGGGUGUUUUGAGUUUGUUUCAAAGGAGGAGAAUCAACAAUGGAGUUUCAAGAAGGUUUGGUGAGGUUGAUUAUACAUGACACAGAAGAAAACCGAAGCAAAUCAAGAAAAGAAAAGAAGAAAGAGAAGAGUGUGGAACAGAGUGGUAAUAAUCCAAGACGUAAAUGGAAGUUUUUUCAUAGAUCAUCAACUACAAUUCCCACAAUAACAGAAUCAAAUAAACAACCUCCAAUUGAAUUCAUAUGUCCCAUUACUGGAUCAUUAAUGGCUGAACCAGUUAUUGUUUCAUCAGGUCACAGUUUUGAACGUACCUGUGUUGAAAUCUGUAAAGCUUUAGACUUUACUCCCACUUUACCAGACUCUUCCACACCAGAUUUCUCCUCUGUAAUCCCCAAUCUCGCUUUGAAAUCCACCAUUAUCGGUUGGUGCCAGAAGUACUCUGUCAACCCUCCAAAACCACUGGAUUCCGAUUCUGCAGAAAAUCUCGUCCGUACAUUAAUGGCGUCACAGCCCCAAAAACCGAAAUCCGAUGAGAUUCAAAUAGAAGAGAAGGAAUUAGUACAAGCAACCGUACCCGAAACCCAAACCCAGGUUCAAAUAGAAGAGAAGGAAAUAGAAAAAGUAACCGUACCCGAAACCCAAACCCAGGUGACUCGACGGCCGACUCACUUUCAGUCGAAAUCCGAUGAGAUUCAAAUAGAAGAGAAGGAAUUAGUACAAGUAACCGUACCCGAAACCCAAACCCAGGUCACUCGACUGCCGACUCACUUUCAGUCGAAAUCGUUGGAAUUGGUGGAAACGAUGACGACGUUGCCAUCUCCGCCAUUUCCGCUAACGACUCGACCGAGUUGUUACUCUUCUUCAUCAUCAUCAUCAGAAACCGAAACCCUAACCCUUCCUCCCCUAACACCUGAAGAAGAAGAUGAAAUAGUAAGUAAGCUUAAAAGCCCACAAGUAUUCGAAGUCGAAGAAGCUCUAAUCACAAUGAGAAGGAUCACGAAAACCAGAGAAGAAUCAAGGGCUCACCUCUGUUCUUAUCAAUUGCUCUCAGCCCUAAAAUCGUUGAUAAUCUCGAGGUACACUGGAAUUCAGGUGAACUCAGUCGCUGCUCUGUUAAAUCUUUCUUUGGAUAAAACCAAUAAGAUGAAGAUCCUACGGUCAGGAAUCGUUCCCUCUUUAAUCGACGUCUUGAAAGGGGGUUCAAUCGAAGCACAAGAACACGCCGUCGGAGCAAUAUUCAGUUUAGCCCUAAACGACGAUAUCAAAACCGCCAUUGGAGUAUUAGGAGGUUUACCUCCAUUGCUUCACUUGCUCCGAUCCGAUAGUGAACGAACUCGUCACGACUCGGCUCUUGCUCUUUACCACCUGACUCAGGUUCACAGCAACCGAACCAAGGUGGUGAAACUCGGAGCUGUACCGAAUCUCGUCCAGAUGGCGAAAUCGGGUCACAUGACCAGUCGGAUUCUGCACUUGAUCUGUAAUUUAGGGUCUUGUACGGAGGGGAGAGUGGCGUUGUUGGAUGCCGGCGCGGUGGGUUGUUUCGUUGAGAUGUUGAGAAGUGGGAAUUUGGGUUCGGUUAGGGACAAUUGCGUGGCGGCGCUUUACUUGCUUAGCUAUGGCGGUUUGAGAUUCAAGGCGCUGGCUACGGCGGCGGGUGCGGCGGAUGUGUUGUGGAAGUUGGAGAUUAUUGGGAGUGAGAAAACGAAACAGAAGGCUAAGGUGAUAAUGGAGAUUAUUAAAGGGAGAGGUGACAAUGAGGAAGAAGAAGUUGAUUGGGAGAAUUUGCUUGAUUCUGACUCUGAUUCUCAUUCUCUUACUCUAAUCGGUGACGACGCCGGCGCCGGAAACGACCAUAACUCGUCUGAGUUUUGAGUACAGUUAUUUAUUUAUUUAUUUAUUUAUUUUGAGUUUCUGUUUUUAGUUUAGUUUUUUUUUUUUUUUUUUCUCCAGAAUUUUCUGUUGGGGAGUUGGGAUUGUAAUUAUGAUGAGAAAUUUACAGUUUUUUUUUUUGGGUUUGAAAUUAGGAGUUUAUUUUUUUUUUUAGAAUUGAAAGUGUAAAUUUAGGAGGGUUUUAGUGAGUUUAUAUGAUCAUUGGUACAUUAUUAUUAUUAUAAUUUAAUCUUUCUAAUAAUAAAAAGAGAGACUAUUAUUGAAUGUUGUUUA